AUGGCUCAGUCAUCAAUAGCCAACAUUAACGGCUUGACCAUGAGAGCAUAUUCGACGCUCGGCGUCACGACGUCUGCCACAGAGGCGGAUAUCAUGUCCGCAUACCGCAAGCGCUCCCUGAAAUGCCACCCAGACAAGGGGGGCGACCCAAAGGCGUUCCAUGCACUGACCGACGCAAAAGACUACUGUCUGAAGCAACUCGAGCGUCCGGUGGAGCUCCGUGGCCUGCCAGAGGCGCGGCCACUGCAACAGCAACACACAGCACCGUUUCGACCAUCCGAAUGGAUGGCGAAUCCAUAUGCUCGGCCGCGUCAGAGGACCGCCGAAGAGAUGGAAGACUGGUACGCGAGUACCUUUGGGAGUUCGAGCGAAGACGUCAGCUUCCAGCGCCAAAACUGGUUGAAAGCCUGGCUGCGCAAGCAGAAGGCGAAGAGGGAGGCAAAGAAGGCGGCCAAGGCCGCGGCGCGCCGUGCAGAACAGCGGCGGAGAGAGGAGGAGCGCCGCAGGGCAAGAGACGAAGAGGUCUACGCGUUCGCGAAAAGACUCACGAAAAUGCAGGAGGAGCUUCGAGCGCAGGGCAUCCGGUGCUAG